UAUGGACGAUAUUCUUCGUUUAGAUUCAUAUUCUGUUGCUUUAACAAAUGAUAGGAAUGAUUCUCAAUAUUUAAUAAUUCCAUCCAGUUGGAUUAAUCAGGAUGAAAAUACUUUUUGGUAUAUUGAUACAUCGGAUAAUAAAGAAUUAGAAACGAUAAUUCGAACGAGGAUAGCCCCGAAUGAUGAUCGAACGAAAUUUAAUUGGGUUAAAUAUAAAUAUAACGUAUUGAAUAGUAUUAACAUUGAUAGUUAUGAAGAGGCAAAAAAGUAUGUUACAAGGAAACAAAAAGCCAACAAUAAAGUUAAUAAUAAUCGAAAUCGUCUUACGAAGAGGAAAGCUUCGGAAAGUGAAGAAAUAUGUAGAAAGAAGAAAUUACUAGAAACUAACAAUGAAAUAGUUAAGGAACUAUUUGAAGAAUCAUCUAGAAAGGAACCGGAAGGAAAACUUUCUACAAAAGAUAAUAAGAAGAAAGAGACAGUAACUUUCGAAAAUAACUUAUUAUCUGAUAGCGAACUUGAUUAUUAUGUUCUCGAAAAGCUACUCUACAUAUUACAAACUAUAAAACACCUACAUCAACAGAGUUUACAAUUGCAGAAGUUAUGUAAAACUGAAAGAGGAGAAAUUCGCACUGGAAUGGUAGAUCUUGAUAAAAGUCUUUCGGAUGAGAAAAAGAAUCGUAGAGGAUUCUUCUCUAGUUUGACAAAGAUGCUUAAAAAAACCGAAGAAAAGAAAAUUGUCGAACUUGAAACAAUACUUCAAACGUUAAAUCUUCCAAUAACGAAUCUACAACACUUUCGGGAAAAGUUUUACUUUUCUCUUAUCAGAGCUCCUGAUAUAAAAAGCUUAGUGAGGCAUGCAUUAAACCGUUUGAUGCAUGUUCAAUUCGCUCAAAAUGUUAGACUAAAUGAUAAUUGUAUUUCUUCGGAAUCAGAGAAUGAAAAGAUUGUAUUUCAAGAAUGGCCCAUAUUUGAACCUUUUAUAGAUGGUUUAACAACAAAUCCAACUGCUACCGAAAUUAUAGAGAUUAGGGAUAGAUUAGUGAAAAUAUUACAUCUAUCUUCCGAUUGGUUCAAUCAAGCUAAACGAAUGUGGCGUCAAAAGUUAAUGCGUAUGGCUAGACCAACUUAAACAGACAACUAUGACAAUCUAAAUUCUCUAUAAUAAAACUUAUGAUAUAGCU